GUUCACCUCUAAAUUGAAAGCGAAAGUUGACCUACGGAAGGACGAAAUGAAAUGAUAACUUGAGCAGCUUGUUUUGUAUCUUUAUUAGGAGAAACAAAACAUAAAUAUAUCCAGGAUGAGUAACCUGAAAGUACAUUGGUCCCCGAUCCACGACGAUGUGUUUUGCACAUGUAGUCCAAACAAAAUCCUACUGUAUAAAGUGGUACACUCCGCAGAGAAGCCAACACAGAAAGUGCCGUCGAUGAGACAGAUGUCAGACACCCUCUGGGCAGUGGAACAACCCAAGUCUAUUGAGAUGGGGAUGCUAAAGACAGUAGCUUGGUACCCGAAACCUGAACCAGACAACAUGCUGGCCAUCGGACUGGCCAAUGGGAGAGUUAUAUUGAACAAUUUCAGCGGUAAUAGUGAGAGUGACCUAAUUAAAAAGGAGUUUGUCCCCAAGCAUACUAGAUCCUGUAUUUACUUGAACUGGAACCCAGUGGACAGCCAUUUACUUGCGGAGGGUCUGGAGAAGUACAGAAAUGACAGCUGUAUCAACAUCUGGAACAUUCACCACAAACCAGGGAAUGAGCUUGGGGACCGCCAGCGAUACAGUUCUAGUCACAGUGAAUCCAGCGGCGCAAUACACACACCAUACGUAGAGAUAGGGGGUCCCUCAGAGACGACAGCUUCUUUCUGUUGGUUCAAGAAGGAACCCCGGACAUUUGUGACUGGAAUGAACACUCGUUACCUCCGAAUCUACGACCUUAGGGAUUGCACUCGGCCCCAAAACCAGACACAGACCAAGAUGAUACGAGGGGCCAGUGUGGACAGACAGAAUGAGCACAGGAUCGCUACCUUUAACGAGAACCAUGUCAGUGUGUGGGAUGUGAGGAAUUUUGAUAAACCUAUGCUAACAUUUCAAGAACCGAAAGCAGUCUCUAUGAUUCGCUGGUGUCCAACAAGGAAAGGAUACCUAGGUAUUCUGAGCCAGGACAGCCUGACAGUCAAAAUCUACGACAUUCUCCAUCUACCACAAACAGUGGGUUCUGAAGAACUGGAUCAGUACUACAGUGAGAGAACCAUCAAAGUCCUUAACUCUCAGAUCGUGUCCUCCUUCUCCUGGCAUCCCAAACAAGACAGUCGACUGUUGACUGUAACACAGCAGGGCUUACUGAGGGACCUCAUAGUGCAAGAACACAUUCCUUUUAACUGGUCCGUUGAUUCCACACUUGUCACAGCCCACGGAAAGUCCAUGAGUAUCACCUCCUUUACCAAGGACAACUCCAUUCCACAGGACAUUGCCGUCAGAAUGAAGGAACGCAUACUUCAAGGCUAUGGACUGAAGUCUGACAUAAUCUGGGAAAAUGUGUAUGCCAUCAAAGAGGAACCUGAGCUGUAUGGAGUGUGGAGGUGGUUAUCAUAUGCACGAGAAAUGCUUGAAUACAAUAAACAAGGACAGACCUUUCAGCGUGGCAUGAUGGGAAAACACCUGGGAGUGAAGAGCAUUCUGGGAUUGGAUGUGGAUGACAUGGCCACCUCUCAUAUGACUAACAUGUACUGGUCCUCGGACUUCUAUAGAAAGCUUGCCUGUGUGAAACAAUAUCAUAGUGCAGAAAGGUCGAAGGCGUUGCAGCUGUGUGGGUGGGGAGGAGACCAUCAUAAGCCAGAACUACUGGACACCAUCCUACAUGAACUCCAGAUGGAUGGUAAAUACGCAAUAGCAGCUGCCAUGGCCUUGUUCAACCUUCAAAUCUCAAAGGCCAUAGAAAUACUCAGCACCAGCAAAGGUCAAGAAAACACCGACCUCAGCACGGUUGCCAUGGCGAUUGCUGGUUACACAGAGGAGAAGAAUACGUUAUGGAGAAAGACGUGUAUGUCGUUGCUACAGAAGCUGGAGGACCCGUACCUCCGCGCAAUGUUCGCCUUCCUCACCUGUGACCGCGAAAAUUACGAGGAAAUUCUGAGACAUGGCUGGAGAAAGACUGAACAAGGUGGCAUGCAACUCUCUGACAAGGUGGCCUUUGCUUGCAUUUAUCUGGACAACGAUAAGCUCAAAGAGUACAUCAACAGGUUGACAAGGAAGGUGAUAGAGGCCGGGAACCUGGAUGGACUACUCAUUACAGGUCUGACCCCUGACGGAGUGUCCCUAAUCUCCAGGUUUGUGGACAUGACGGGUGAUAUACAGACGGCUGCCCUGCUGUGUGUGUUCUCGCUGCCCAACGAGAUGUCCAAGGACGAGCGAGUGCUGAACUGGAUAGAAUCGUACAGGGAACUUUUGGAUCGAUGGAGACUCUGGCAUCACAGAUCUAAGUUUGACAUCAUCUGGCGGGCCGGUGACAACUUCCGCGUCAUCUCCCAGGCGUUUGUCAGCUGUAACUUCUGCGGAAAAUCCAUCGCCUGUAACAUGCCCGUUGCUAGUCGUGCUCGACCGCACAACUCUUACUCAGCCGGAACACUGACGUCCACAAAACCAAAGAUAUCGUGCUGUCCUGGAUGUAGGAAGCCCCUCCCCCGAUGUUCCCUGUGUCUGACCCACCUAGGGACGCCCUCAGGGUCUGCUCUGUACACACAGAAGGACAAAACAACAUAUUCAGCAAAGAUGACGGCCAUUGACGAUUGGUUCACCUGGUGUCAAUCAUGUAGACACGGAGGCCACGCCUCUCACCUGUUAGAGUGGUUUGCUGAGCACUCUGAAUGCCCCGUCACUGGGUGUAACUGUAAAUGUUCUACCCUGGAUCACACUGCCAGGUUAGCGGCCGAGAGCUGACCAGAAUUUCAGUCUGUAUUGUGCAAAACUUUACUACUGUGAAAACUUGGAACUAAUUACACAUGACACUUCCUAUUGUGUGGGAGCUUGCAAAAGACAAAACGCUUUGGAAUAUGUCAGAAUACUUGAACAAAAUUGCAAAGGUUUUACCUUAACCGUGCUGCCAAAACAGUGAACGCCUAACGAACAUGCAUGGGAAUUAACAUAAUUCAGAACAUAAAGUAACAAUCGAGGGGAAGUUUGCAAUGAUUGCAUAUUAUUUGUUCUACAAAUGACUCAAGACAGUGUCGUAUUUUUAUAUUUAAAAGUUAUGUGAUUAAAACAUUGGUAUAUUGAUCAUUAAUGUAAUUAAAAAAGUGAUUUCACAAUCAA